CAAAAUCCCAGUCUCAAAAGAAGCCUCAGCGUCGUCUGUGCUCCGGGCCAAAUCGCAAAUCUGCUAAGCGCGAAGUUGCUCCUACCACAAUUAGCCGUCACGCUCCUACUCUUUCCAUAUCAGCGUCCAUAUCUGCACACCCAUCUCCAUCUUCAAUUUCUCGUUUACCGCGCUCAUCCGCCUGCCUUAGAUCUCAAGUAUCACCGCCUCGAGUUCGACGCAGAAGUUCACCCGAUGCACAGACUCGUUCGCACACUCACAGCACUUCUGCCUCAGGAGUCUCAGGCUAUCUCAGUUCUAGUGGCAAUGCCAAACGACAAACUCGUACAUCCGUCACCCCGUCUACUUCUGCUGGUAAUUCGCGACGGUCCUCUGCAUUCUCUGCCGCUCCUUGUUCGCACUCCUCCAGAUCCUCGUCUGCCUCAUUCUACUCGAGCCGACAAUCCCGACCCUGCGACUUUAGGGCUACAUCUUCUAGUUCCUACACACCCAGAUCUUCCGCAUCCUCCUCCACAGCUUCUCAAUCUAGAACAUCUUCCUCAGCUUCUUCUGCGUCUAGGUCACGUUCACGGAUAAAAUCUCAGUCAUCUUCAUUCGGUUCCAGGGCCCAAAUAAAACGGAAAAUUAGGCAAAAUAAUGUUAGUCCUUUUAUUUUUUGA